AUGAUAAUAAAUCAACAAGCAUUUCAUUUUGGAACAUUGAAACAAAUCACCUUCACUUCAGUAAAUAUUACAUUCAUAAGAGAAUCAUUUAAUGCUAUUCAUAAUCUUAAUUGCAUCACGAUCAAUUCAAAAUACAUACAAUUCAACGAAAAUACAUUCAAUGUUCUUUCUUCCCUAGAAAAAAUCUUCAUUAACAGUAUUGAUAGUAAUGCUUUAGUAACAUUUGAAUCAAACACAUUCUAUAAGUGCGACAAGUUCGAAACAAUUGAAAUUAUCAAUCCAAACACAAAUCUUGUUAUUAAUGAAAAUGCAUUCGCAAACACAAAAAUUAAGACAUGGAAAAUAGAUCAGACAUAUGAAAAAUUUGAUAUUUUGAGUAUUAUUAAACACUGCCCAAACCUUGAAAGUAUUAUUGUCAUCAGCAGUAGGUCAGAUAUUAAAUAUAUUUCAAAUACUGAAGAUUUACAAGACAUUGGAAAUGCAAAACAUAUUAAAUUUGUAAGCAAGAGCAUAGGGCAAAGUGAAAUCAACAGCUUAAAUAUUGAUUUUUCACAAAAUGAAAUCGACGAAAUAUCAUUUUUUAUGUUGAAAAAAGAAAAAAUUUCGAAAUUACCUAAUUUCAAUGUUAAUAAGAUCACAUUUUAUGCGAAUAUCAGCAAUUUUGAAUCAAGUCCUUUCAAAAAUAUAACUAAUCUUAAGUCAAUUCAUUUCGAAGGUAGUAAUCAGUUAAAUUUUGUUGCAAACACAUUUGAUGGUCUGCAUUCAUUAGACAGUAUUACAAUAAAAGAUAAUACAGAUAUUGAUUUUGGUAAUUCUGUUUUUGAGGGCUUGACGUUAAAAUCAUUUAUUUUACCAAAAAACUCACGUUCAACAAUUAAUCAAAAUUCAUUUUUUAGAACUCAUAUCGACAAUUUAAUUGUCGGAGAAAAUGCUAUAAUCAAUAGAGAAAGUGUUCUUCGCAAUUAUAGAGCAAUUUCUCAAAGUUUAUCCAAAUUGACUAUAAAAAAUGUUAUUUUCAAUGAAAAAAUCAGUAAUUUUCAACAUAAUGCAUUUAAUAAUAUUUAUUCAGACUAUGCCAUCAUAUUUAAUGAUGAUUCUGAGAACUCAAUCAUCAAUAAUGGUGUAUUUCAAUUAAGUAGCUUUAAUACAAUCAUAUUCAAAUCACCAAAUAUAAUAUUCGGCACUCAUUUAUUCAACGAAACAAGUUUUAGUAAGAUCGUUAUAGACAGCAACAUUGACAACCCUGUAGUUAAAUUCAGCAGCGAAGCAUUCAGAAAUUGCGGACAAUCAAUAACAAUCGAAAUAAUUAAUCAUCGAAGAUGGCGCAUUUUCAAAAGUGGAGAAAGUAAAAUUUAA